AGGAAUUUCAUGCAGAAAGAGUAAUUUUCUUUAAACUUCAACUCUGAUAUCUCCACAAUUAAAAAUGAGUGAUUAACCUAAAAAAUUAAAUCAAUAUAAAAAAAAUGGAGAGAUCCUUCAAUACUUAGCAACUGUUUUGGAGGUUGAUAUAGUUGAUUAUAUUAAAUUUUAGUUAAUAUCAAGUGAAGAAUUUGAAAUAAUUUAAGUAAAGGAAAAAAUUCAAUUAUUAAAGCAGCUAUCAGCAUAUAGUAUGAAAUUUAUCUAUUUUGAAGUACCCUUGUUUUAAUUCUGAUUUUCGUUAUAUGUAUUGUCUUAUUUCUUGAAGAUAUUGCAAUAAAAAUA